AUGACUAUCUUGCUCCUAAUUGGAAACAGCAUAACGACAACACUCCAGUACCAAGCGGUCGCGACUAUUAAUCAGUACGGUAAAGCGGUCGGAAUUGCGGGGUAUCGCGGAACAGGAUUACUGGUAUUGAUAUGGACUGCUUUUGAAGUGGCUUGUGUUGCCACGGGGACUUGGGGGUGGGGUGUGUGGAUAAAUGGAGGGAAAGAUGACAGUAGUGAGGAUACGGAGAAUAGGGGAGCGUACAAAAUCUGGGUUAAAGAUCCGGUGAAAUUAGAGAUAGGUGAGCCAGUGAGGCUGGCGGUGAGAAGAGGGAGGGUGGUAGAGGUUGAUGGAGAAGGGAGAAGUAUGGAACUGGAGCUUGAUUAUGUCAGGGAAAGCCAGGUUGGACUUGCUCUAUAA